CGUCCGAUCUCCAUCGGCUACGAUGGCCUCGCAGGCGCCGACGGAUCUGGUCGCUUCUCCUUCUCCCCCGCCUGCUCAGCCCUCGCAUCCGUCUCCGGCCCCCUCACCGCUCGUCUCUCCGCCGAACACCCCUCACGCACGAUCGUCGAAGUCCUUGUCCGCCCGCUCGCGGGCAUCCCAGGCACACACGAACGCGCCAUCGCGUCCAUCAUCCGUGGCAUCGCGGAGCACGCGCUUGUCCUCACCACUCACCCGCGCGCGCUCGUCCAGAUCGUCGUGCAGUCCUUGUCGCCCGCGGCGCCGCUCGUACCAAGCUUUGCCGGUGCCUCGGGUCUGGCAGCGCAGAUCAAUGCAGCGGGCCUCGCACUGCUCAGUGCUGGGUCGGUGCCGCUGCGUGGAGUUGUGUGUGCUGUUGCUGUUGGGAAGGGCGGUGAGGAUGGGGCGAUCGUUCUGGAUCCGAGCGCCGAGGAGACGCAGAAGCUCAAGAGUGGUGGAUGCUUCGCAUUUCUCUUCUCUGUUGGACUUGCACACGCGAUGCCCAGCGUGCUGGAAGGCGUACCGCCUUCGGAGCUGCUGUGGACGAACUACGGUGUGCGACCUGGUGCGGCGCUGAACGACGCGGAACUGGAAGAGGCUCGCGAGGCGGCGCGUGGUGCAGCGGAGGAGAUUUGGCGGCAGGUCAAGGAGAGUGUCGAGACAAUAGGGAAUUCUGCAAAGCAGGGCGUGGUUACACGGAAGGUCGGCAAAGCUGUGGACCAGAUGGAGGUGGAGGUAUAGAUGGGCGGCGGAUCAAGUGGUGAGGCAUUGUCGUUGGAAACAGAAAAGUCCUACGACCAGAAGCCUCACCUUUGUGGUGUGCUCCAUGGAUGGGCUACACGUUGCACAUAUGUGUCCGCGUCUACUUCUUUCCGAGAGGACAUUACCAUAUAGCUUGCUGGCUGCACUGAGCAGGUAAUGACUAAACCUAGCUGCGCCUUCCCUCUGGUAUUUUCGCACCAGAGAUGCUCGCAGAGCCGCUCAAUGUCAUCUUGCGCCCGCUGAAGGCCAAGCAGUUGCACCGAUUAUUCCACUGCGUACGGUCUAUAAUCGACUAUAUAACACCGGCCCGCCGAAUACAUGCAUGGAGCGUGGUGCUCGUCGGCUUUGAAUACAGCCUAUUUUGCAUUCUGACGGUCGAUGCGUUCUUCUCUGCGUAUGCUGCUUCCAGUGGUUGCGCAAUCUGUCAAUUCUGUCCCCCCGAGCGUUCCUCCAUCAAGCACUGACGUCCCUCAUCGGUCUCUCGGGCUCCCGUGCGAUGUCACUCGCCAACUUAGCAGGGAUAAUCUGACGGAAAUGUCACAGUCUAAACAUGCUGUAGACACGGUUUCACCCUGUCGUGCCUCCACAUGAGCGAUCCGAACUUGCUGUGUAUUCUUCGGCGAGCGGCACGAUAUGACACGUAUUAUAGGUUCCAUACAACCUCCGCCAGCCUGCUCUUGACCCUCUCUUGACCGCUUAAAAGCUAUAUUACAACAAUUUUCCGCGGAAUGUGUUACCUUCAAGGCAGAACACGCUUUCAACUUGUUUUCAAGCGGCGUCUCUGAUGAUCAUGUUCUCGAAUACAGGGCCAACGUCAUCGUAGCUGCCGUCGGGCCGAUUCAAGCGGAUGUCCUUGGGCCAACAGUGGCAGUGCACCUCAGGGCUGUCUCGCUGGACAUGUGAACAUGUACCGUCACUACACCACUUGAAUUCUGGACAUUCCACUUGGGUCCAAGCUCUCCCCAGGAAAGCGACUCUGCGGCCGACAAGUCGAAGUGGACAGUAUUGUUGCAAACAGCGUCUUUAGCAGGACAUUUUAACGUAUAACAACCCUCCCCCUUCUCAAGUCACAACUUCACAAGCCCGUGCCGCAAGCAUGUACGUCCCCCUUGUCACACCCGCCCUCCAGUACCUCGAACGGAGAAAGGGAGGUGGAGGCGGUAGCAAAGGCGGCGGUUCAUCAGGCUCCUCGGGCAGCACCGGAAAGGGCAGCACUGGGUCCUCGGGAUCGAGCAGCGGUGGAAGAGGAAGCACGGUCCCCCUCGCGGGCAGCAACGGGGUCACAGGCAGCCGCAGCGUGUCGACGUACAAUUCGGGCGGCGGGAAGCAGAUUACGAUUCCGUCGGGGCAGGUGUUCUCGGGACGCACGGCGGGCGGUGCGACGCGGGAUCAGGUCGCCGGGACGAGGGCGUAUGGAAGCGGAUACCCUGGCGUGGCCACGCGCGGUGUAUAUAACCGCGGCUUCCCGUUCUGGUUCUGGCCCGUUGUGUGGGGCGGUGCGUUUGGUGGGGGAGGGGCGUACCUCGUCGAUCAUGAGUACGGCGACUCGUACAACACCUCGCGUGUCGGUGGUCCCAUGAUGGAAGCCACUUUCGUCUCCAACAACACCAGCAGUGGCUCGCAGAGCAACGCGACCACGUUUCAUCUCCUCGCCGACAACAGCACCGUCUCCGCCCUGCUCCCGCUCCUCGUGUCCAACUGCUCCUCCAACCUCCAAUCCCAGGGCUCGAGCACCAACCAGACUUCCCAGACACCUGCUGCGGUGAACACCAGCUCGACCGGCGCCCCUCAGCCGUUCCAGGCUGUGCAAUAUUAUAGAGCGAGCAGCGUCGUGCUCACCUUGGAUGGGUACAACAAUAGCGCGACCCUCGGCACGGACGACAGCAUUGCGGGCGAUGAAACGGCCGACACGCCGCUGCCUUCCGGUAUCGACUUGACGCUGCUCGACUGUCUGAACCAGACGAUCAUUCAGGCUGCACCACUCGUGGAUGCCGCGGGCGGGCUCAGGCUCGGCGGUGCGCCGAGCAUGCAGGGUAUGCUCGGGCUGGCCAUUGCGAUUUGGUGUUUGUUUGGAUCAUUCUUGUAAAUCGUGGGCUUUGCUGGAUGUGUCGCUUUCUUUGGUGCGAUUCACACAAAACAUGGGAGCACAACUUAUUUGGCACUGGGCCUCCGAGCGAUGAUGACUUAUACCUUUAUUUCACACCACGAGGUUCACGUAUUACGAUUAUUUUCGGUACUAUUUCGCGUCGCGUUGUUUAUUUUUAUACUAAUCGCGACAAACGACAUGUUUAUGGGGCUGAAUAUGUUCGACAUAUAUCGUAGACACAACACCAGGGUCAGCG